UUUUGUUUAAAUUGACCCAAUUAAGAAUAAAAAAGUCAAUAAAAUUGACAUAAUUUUAUGAUUUUUUUUUGUUGUUGUCAUGACAACUAUGAAGUGGUCGCAACAAUACACCAACAAGUUGAUGUUGAAUCAAUUUUUAUUAUGUUCAUUUAAUCAGAACAAUUUAUAGGUAAAUUUAAUUUGUGUUAAAUAAAUAAUUUUAACAUGUCUUUGAUGGAUAUUGGAUAUUCUUCAAGACCACUAAGUGUACCACCAAGAUUGCCAAUAAUUUUAAAACAAUUUUGUAAAGCAGCAAUAAGAACUCAGCCAUAUGAUUUAUUAAAAUGGUCAAGUGCAUAUUUUAAAGCACUUGCUGAAGGUAUUGAACCACCAAGUAAAGCUAGGCUUGAGUAUCCAUUACCUGGUACUGUUUCUGGAUUGACAUUGGGAUUUAUCAAAGUAUUACUACGACAAUUUGGUGAUUACAAUAGAAUAUUUUCAAUUGAAUCGAUCAUUCAAAGAUGGGAUGAUUUAUGCUUGGACAGACGUGAUUUAGAGUUAAUAAUGAUUAUUGGAAAAUUUCAACACAAAUGUCAGAUUAAAAAAUUUUUAGCAAUUGCAGUUGGUCUUCUUGGAUCAAGUCUUUAUGACACAAUGUUAAUGAUUUGUGAAUUAUUCACAAUUGAGCCUGAUGGUGGCUCAUCAAUGAUACCAAUUGGAUUAUUCAUGGAAAUUUAUGGAUACUUGGCUAGACUUCAGUGUGAUGGAAAAAAAAGACAACAAACUCCAGAUGAUGAUGGUGAUGAUAAUAAAAUGGAAUUUUCAUCUGAAUCAACAUCAGAAAUUAAAAAUCCACAAGUAAUAUUUGAUGAUAAAAUUGAAAGAAAUACAAAUUUAACAACAAGCCAGGAUGAUGAUUCAUCAACAUCACCAAAAAAUCAAGUUGAAUGUUUUUUAAAUGAUGAAAAUAUUAAUGAUGAUUUAAAAAUUGAUAAUUGUCAAUUUAAAGUUAUUGAAAAUGAUUUGAAUAAACCUACAUCUGAUAUGGAAAUUAAAAAAACGAUUAGUAUUAAAAAAAUUGAUAAUUCAGAUGAUAGAAUUGAAUCAAUUUGCCAUCCAAAUGUUCCAGGUAUUGGUGGUUGUUUGUCACCAGAAGAAAUAGCUUCUGUUGGUGCCUGGAUGAAAGAAUGUGCUAGACUUCAAGAUGGCAUGGUUGGUCCAAGAAAUCUACGUCAUUUUCAUUGUCCACCAUUGGACAGACAUGAAACACCAUAUUCCUAGCACAAUAAUUCAUUAAAUUUACAAAAUUUUUAGUAAUUUUUAUUAAAUUUUUUAUUGCUGUUUUAACACAAUUAUUUUAUUUCUAUAUAGUUUAUUAUACAGUUGCAUAUUUAUACACCUAGAUUUAGAAAAUUUAACAGCAAAAUAAUAAAUAUAUUUGACUAGUAAGUAGAAAAAUUAAUUGACAUGAUAAUAUUAUUACAACUAAGACUAGAAAAAAG